AUGUUGCUGCUAGCAGCGCCCAUUGAUGUCAGCGUGCCGAUUUUCGCUGAGACCUCGUGUGGGACACGGCGUGCUGAGACAGUCAGGGCUCUACCCCGUUGCAGACAGAGAUAUGCGACGGUGCUGGCUUUGGGCACGUCUUGUGCAGGCAGAAUCAGCAAACGCAAGGGUUGUGGACUAUGCAUCAGGAAGAUUUCUGUGACGGAUGAGCCACCUGCAGUAGAGCAUCCGGCUUCGGAGCCUGUGGCGAAGCAAUACCUUCUGCGUGCUCGACAGUGCCCACAUGAUCGUGCUCGCAUGCAGCAAGAUUUCUUGGAUUUUAUUGCAGACAAAGGGCUGCAGCUGUAUGCAAAGCAAGAGGAAGCCAUCUAUGCUGUCUUCGGAAACUCCCACGUUGUACUCAGCACACCAACUGGCAGUGGCAAGUCCCUCGUAGCGUCGGCCAUGCUGUUCCGCUCAAUCGCCGAAGGCAAAAGAGCCUAUUACACGUGCCCGGUGAAAGCAUUGGUUAGCGAAAAGUUCUUUUCCUUGUGCCAUGACUUCGGGCCGGAGUUGAUCGGGAUGGCAACAGGUGAGGUUUCAAUCAACUCCACUGCUCCUGUGAUUUGCUGUACGGCUGAAGUUCUAGCCAACGUGGCUCUGCGAGAUGGUCGGGCCGCAGAGCUUAGCUACGCGGUCAUGGACGAGUUCCACUUCUUUGACGACAAGGGCCGUGGCUAUGCAUGGGAAGUUCCCCUCUUCAGGCUGCCACAAGUAACGUUUCUGCUCAUGUCUGCAACGAUGGGAGACAAUCAGGCCUUGUAUGCGAACCUUACGGCAUACACAGGCCGCAAUGUUCAGACGAUAACAUCAACAGACCGUCCGGUUCCACUUGACUGGUCCUACCUUUUCGAGACAGCAAAAGAUGCCAUUGACGACUUGGUCGCCUCAGGACGCACACCCGUCUAUGCGGUUUGCUUUACCCAGCAAGAUGCGGCUACCUUGGCACAAUCACUUGUCUGCAAAGAACUCGCUCCGAGUGAGCAAAGAAAGGAGAAAUUGGCAGAGCAGUUCAAGGACAUGGAGUUUGACACUCCUUAUGGGGACAGAUUGAGGCAGCUUCUCAUAAAUGGUAUCGGGUUGCACCACGCCGGGUUGCUUCCAAAGUACCGGCGCCUCGUGGAGAAGAUGGCCCAAGCGGGGUUGCUUACGUGUAUAUGCGGUACCGACACCCUCGGAGUCGGAGUCAAUGUGCCCAUCCGAAGCGUACUGUUCACGCAGCUUUGCAAAUACGACGGUGAAGUAACUGUUCUAGUGACCCCUCGUCAGUUUCAUCAGAUUGCAGGAAGGGCCGGGAGGAGAGGGUACGACACCAAAGGCAGUGUAGUGGCGGUGCAUCCGGCCCACGAAGUGUACAAUAAAAAGCUGCAAGAACAGAUCAAGGUUGCAGAAAACAAGAAGGAGCGCGAGCGGCUAAAGAGGCGGCGCCGGUCUGCGAAGAACAACUUCGUCGAUUGGGACGAGGAUACGUUUACAAAGCUGCGAACAUCAUCCCCGGCACCGCUCCGGUCACGCUUUCAGCUUAGCCAAGGCCAUGUGCUAAGCCUUUUGCAAGGUGCACAGGAGCACGGUCGGGACGGACUUGCUGAAGUUCAUGAGCUUAUUUCUUUGUCCUUAUGUGGCAAGAAAAACAAGGAGCACUUGGCUCAGCAAGUGGACCAGUACGUCCAGGCACUGUCCGGUGCGGGGCUCAUCGUCAGGCAGGGAGAUGCACUGCGAGCUGACAGUGCCUUACAACGCGAUUUUCUCUUGAUGGAAGACGUCUCCCUCUUCUUGGUGGACGUUUUACCUCUGCUGCAGUGGGGCUUUGCUGGAGACAACUGGAAGCUUGCCAAAGCAGUCCUUUCAGUGGUCGAAGCCAUCUGCGAGGAACCGAUAGCAGUUGUGCGUGCGCAGGCACGUGCCAAACAGCGGAAGCAACCGCGGUUGCCGUGUGAAGACGUGCUGUGGCCUGCCUUCGAGAACUUCUUGAAGCGACACCCAUGGGUGUCGCGUCAUGCUUUGAAGCCAAAAGCAAUUGCACUGGAAAUGUUCGACGCCCAGAUGUCUUUUUCUGAUUUCAUCAAGAAGCUAAGCCCACUGGACAAGUCCAAGCGCGUGCUCCAGCAAGAAGGCUUGCUGUUGCGCUUUUUAUCGCAAGUGCACAAGACCAUGAAGCACAACGUACCUGAUGAUUUCAAAACAGAUGAGGUGCUUGAGAUCGAAGCAUUCCUGCUGGCAGCAAUAAACGGAACGGACUCGAGUUUGUUGCGUGAAUGGGAGGCCUUGAAGGAGCUGGAAUCAGUUAAUUUCGAGGAUGAGGCAGGGGUGGAAGCACUUGCUUCCGCAGAGCAAAGCUUGACAGCCGCAUCUGCAAGCAGAGCGUUUGCUGGCAAUGCUCCAGAAACGGAGAGUGAAUUUCGGUUUUUGCAGGCAAGAGCUCGAGUGGAAGCUCAACGAUUCGCACGACAUUUAGCAAGGGGCAGAUGGAAAGAAGCUUCAAAGUCACUCCGGCAGGACGCGGAUAAUGUUUGGGAUGCUGACUCUCUUCGUGAGCAUAUCAUUGCCGAAGGCCGCAGGCCUUUUGCAAAAGACUCUUACAGUAUUCAAAUCGAGAUGGACACUCUGGAGCACGGGCUACAAGUCUUCGGUGAAAUCCUGGAUGAAGAGAGUCGGGCCGCUUUACCUUGGCUGGAGUUUGAAGUCAGCGCACCCUGGCCCUCGAACAGCUUCGAGGCAUUGUUCCAGCUGCAGUCUCUCGACUGA